UUCUUUUGAACCGAUUCGCAAAGUGAUGAGAUCUGUGAGAGUACAAUCGAGUAGGAGAUGAACAGUUUGGAAAAAGGCAGACACAACAUUUGACAUGAAAAUCGUUUAAAACACACGGAAAAUUCGAGGGACAUGGGGAGUUGUUUUUUUUAGUGAUGACUUUUAAGUGAAUCAUUUUUGAGCUCGUUCGCUGUAACGAUCCGUCUAAAGGAGCUGAGUUGCAAAACGAAUCAGAUUCAGACACACACAACACCAACUUCACAACACAUGAGACACCGCUGAUAUUUACCAAAACACACACCAGAGGAUAUUCACUGCUGAGAUGUAGUGUGUGAAACACUGCAACCGUUGAAACUCCUGCAUAUACCAACCGCGUAAAAAUUUGAAAUGGUGUCGUACAAGAGGCUCACCCCUGAGGAGGUUAAUUUCGCAGGAGCUGCUUUAUUGGAUCCUGAUGAGACGACAGACACGGAUCUAAAGGAAGUAAAUCCAGAACUGCCCCUGCUGCCCCAGAGCCGUCGCUGCUCCAUCACCGUUGCCCUGCUGACCCUUGGGGGACUUAUUGUGGUUCUCUUUGGCAUCUGGCUGCUUGGAACUAUAUUUUGGUUACAUACGCCACCCUCCACAAAACCCCAUAGACCCCCUCCACCUGCUGUGGCUAAAAGCCCAAACGGGACGUGGCUGCAGCCGGAGUCCUGCUCGCAGAUUCCAGAAGCUUGGAGGUUUGACUGUUAUCCAGAGAGAGGUGUGGUGGUCACGGAGGAGAUGUGCCACGCUCGAAACUGCUGCUUCAUACAGAGCUCACAGACUAAGACAUCGGGACGGAAUGGAGUGCCGUGGUGUUUCUACACACCUGACUAUCCAUCCUACGAGUUGGUGUCCAUUACUGACACAGAGAUGGGGAAGGUGGGAAAACUGCUCCGGAACAAAAAGACGUAUUAUCCUAAAGACAUAGAUGCACUGCAGGUGGAGGUGCUGUAUGAGGAAGACAACAGACUGCGUGUGAAGAUAACAGACCCGGCUGAAAAGAGGUAUGAGGUGCCUAUAGAUGUUCCUGUGGUUCAGAAAAAAGCAUCAAAUCCCUCUUACACCGUAGACUUCAUCAAAGAACCUUUCGGGCUGAUUGUCAAGAGAACACAGACAGGAACUGUACUGUUGAAUACAUCUAUAGCUCCUCUCUUCUACGCGGAUCAGUUCCUGCAGAUGUCUACAUCAUUACCUUCACGUUUCAUAUAUGGACUGGGUGAACAUCGCUCCAACUUUCUGCAUGACGUCCAGUGGAACACUCUCACCAUGUGGGCUCGAGAUGUCCCACCAAUGGAGCUGACCAACCUCUAUGGCGUCCAUCCCUUUUAUCUUUCUAUGGAAUCUGAUGGAAUGGCUUAUGGGUUUUUCAUGCUCAACAGCAAUGCAAUGGAUGUGGCUCUGCAGCCUGCUCCUGCCAUCACCUGGCGUAUGAUUGGUGGGAUCCUCGACUUUUACAUUUUCCUAGGCCCAGAUCCCAGCUCUGUGAUUGCACAGUACUUGGAUGUUGUAGGGAAGCCUGCAAUGCCCAUCUUCUGGGCUCUGGGUUAUCAUCUUUGCCGAUGGGGCUACAAGUCAAGCGACAAAACCUGGAAUGUUGUAAAAGAAAUGCGGAAUAAUGGGAUACCUCAGGAUGUUCAGUGGAAUGACAUUGACUACAUGGAUCAUGCCUUAGACUUCACUUAUGACACUGUGAAUUUUUCCGGCCUACCUGAGCUCGUGAAAGACCUUCAUAGACAUGAUCAACACUACGUCAUGAUCCUGGAUCCUGGUAUCAGUAACUCUCAGCUGCCUGGCUCCUACUGGCCAUUUGAUGAGGGGAUGAAGAGGGGCAUCUUCAUCAAUGAUUCGAAUGGAGACGUCCUUAUCGGGAAGGUCUGGCCAGGACUCACAGCUUUUCCAGAUUUCUCCAAUCCAGACACACAUGAAUGGUGGUACCAGAAUCUGAAGCGUUUCCAUGAAAAAGUGCCGUUUGAUGGCGUGUGGAUUGACAUGAAUGAGCCAUCUAAUUUCUUUGAUGGAUCACUGAAUGGUUGCCCAGACAAUGAACUGGAAAAUCCUCCCUACACACCAGGUAUUCUGGGUGGUACAUUAAAGGCCAAGACUGUGUGUGCAUCUGCAAGACAGAAAAUCUCCACUCACUACAACAUACACAGUCUGUAUGGACUCAUGGAAGCUAAGGCUACUGAAAGUGCUUUGAGAAAGAUCACAGAUAAGCGUCCCUUCGUCAUUUCCCGUUCUACGUUUCCCAGUCAGGGCAAGUAUUCGGGCCACUGGCUCGGAGACAACAGGAGCCAAUGGAAAGACCUGGCCACAUCCAUACCAGGUAUGCUAACAUUUAACAUACUGGGCAUUCCUCUUAUUGGGGCUGACAUCUGUGGCUUUGGGGGCAGCACUACAGAAGAACUGUGUGUCCGAUGGACCCAGCUUGGAGCUUUCUACCCCUUUUCAAGAAAUCACAACUCCAUAGAUGAACAGGAUCAGGAACCAACAGCAUUCAGCCCAGCAGCUCGUACAGCAAUGAAAGAAGCCAUUCUCCUGCGUUAUUCCCUGUUCCCACAUCUCUACACACUCUUCCAUCAUGCACACAUCAGUGGACGCACAGUCGCCACACCACUGCUCUUUCAGUUCCCGAACGAUGAGAAGACGUACGGGAUAGAUAAACAGUUCCUAUGGGGAAAGAGUUUGCUGGUCACACCGGUUUUGGAGGAAGGCCGGGAUUAUGUCGUAGGAUAUUUCCCCGAAGGUCUCUGGUACGAUUUCCACACUGGUGACUCGUUGGUAAGCAGUGGAGAAGAGAUCAGUCUUCAGGCUCCAAAAGACAAAAUCAACCUGCAUCUCAGAGAGGGUUCAGUCAUACCUACACAGAGACCUAACACCACCCUGUGGGUGAGCAGCAGUCAGCCCCUUCAUCUGAUUGUGAGUCUGAGUGAGGACGGCCUGGCCAAGGGUGAUUUGUUUUGGGAUGAUGGAGAGACCCUUGACACAUAUGAGAAAGAUCAAUAUGCUUACAUCUAUUUCACAGUACAACAGAACACAAUGACAUCAGAGGUGCUGCAUAAUCAUGAGGAGGCUACUUACAUCACAGUGGAAACCGUUUCGUUUUAUGGAGUGAAGACAGAGAAAUAAAAAGAAACAGCG